GAGAAAACUAUUUGUCCCACAGUCAAUUACGGGUCUAAAAUUUGGUAGUAACAAUAAUACUUUCAUAUGCAUAUCUUAACAUGAGAAAAAAAUGUUUUCACUGGUCGAGCAGAGUUAUAUAUAUAUUUAGAUAUUGACGAAAAGUCUUCAUUGACAAUAAAUUACAUUGGUUUCGUCCAUCAGUACAAGAUUGGAUAUGAUCUAAAAAAUCAGAGGCAAAUCAAUCAAGAUUAAGAAGACGACAAUGGAAGAGCCAUUUCUUCCGAGAGACGAGCAGUUAGUCUCUUGUAAAUCCACAUGGCAAAGUGGUCAGGUCACCGUCGAGCUGAAGAAAGUGAGCCGCUUGGCCGCUCCUAUGGCCACCGUAACCAUAGCUCAGUACUUAUUGCCUGUCAUCUCAGUCAUGGUCGCCGGCCACAUCGGCGAGUUGGAGCUCGCCGGUGUCGCGCUUGCCACGUCUUUCACAAACGUUUCCGGCUUCAGCAUAAUGUUUGGGUUAGUUGGUGCAUUGGAAACUCUUUGUGGCCAAGCCUAUGGAGCAGAACAAUACGAAAAAAUCGGAACCUAUACAUACUCUGCAAUGGCUUCCAACAUACCAAUUUGUUUCAUCAUAUCAAUUCUAUGGAUUUACAUCGAAAAGCUCUUGAUCACUCUCGGGCAAGAGCCUGACAUCUCUAGAGUCGCUGGCUCCUACUCAUUGUGGCUCGUACCGGCUUUGUUUGCCCAUGCUAUUUUCUUACCACUGACUCGGUUUCUGCUAGCACAAGGGUUGGUUAUUUCCCUGCUAUACUCUGCCAUGACCACCCUUUUGUUCCAUAUUGCGGUUUGCUGGACUUUGGUUUUCGCGCUUGGUCUUGGAAGCAAUGGAGCUGCUAUUGCUAUUAGUUUGUCUUUCUGGUUUUACGCUGUGAUACUCUCAUGUCAUGUGAGAUUUUUCAGCUCUUGCGAGAAGACUCGCGGAUUUGUAUCAAAUGAUUUUAUGUCUAGUAUCAAGCAGUACUUCCAGUACGGAGUCCCAUCCGCUGGAUUGAUUUGCUUAGAAUGGUGGCUGUUUGAGCUACUCAUACUCUGCUCAGGUCUUCUCCCAAACCCAAAACUCGAGACAUCUGUUCUUUCGAUUUGUCUUACAAUAGGAACUUUACACUAUGUGAUUCCAUCUGGAGUCGCGGCGGCUGUGAGCACACGAGUGUCAAACAAAUUGGGAGCUGGAAAUCCUCAAGUUGCUAGGGUUUCCGUAUUGGCAGGGCUUUGUCUCUGGCUUGUAGAGUCAGCUUUCUUUAGCACACUUCUCUUCACCUGCCGAAACAUCAUAGGCUACACAUUCAGCAACAGCAAAGAAGUUGUUGACUAUGUUGCUGACAUAUCUCCUUUGCUCUGUCUCUCCUUCAUCCUCGACGGAUUAACGGCAGUUCUAAAUGGAGUGGCUAGGGGAUGUGGGUGGCAACACAUUGGAGCUUUGAUCAACGUGGUGGCUUAUUAUCUUGUAGGAGCUCCUGUUGGAGUUUACUUAGCUUUCAGUCGUGAGUGGAAUGGAAAAGGACUCUGGUGCGGUGUUAUGGUUGGAUCCGCGGUGCAAGCCACUUUACUGGCUAUCGUCACAGCCUCCAUGAACUGGAAGGAACAGGCUGAGAAAGCAAGGAAGAGAAUAAUCUCUACUGAAAAUGGAUUGGUUUAAAUAAAGGUUGUUCCUAAGAGCUAUCUCAAAGUAUUUGCAAGUCAUGUGCAAAAAAACAUGUAAUGUUAUUUUGAUGGGUUAUAAUAUUUUUUUGUAAAACUUUUAUCCAGGAUUUAUACAUUUUUUCUUGAGUUGAUAUUUUCGUUAGUUAGAAAAAUUAUUCGAAUUGCA